AUGUCUCCAUCAGCCUUAUCAGAGCCUAUUGCCAUAUCAUUCAUUGCUGGCCGAUAUUUGCUAUUCGACAUAGAUGUCGUGACUCACCUUCGCAGGACUUACCAUAUCUGCGGUGUUUUGACUGGUACCAUCCCGCAGAUUCCACAACAGAACUUAUUCCUUGGCCUACCCGUCGAGUUACUACCAGAGGAGGCCAAAGUCCUCGUCAAUAAAAAAAUUGCAUAUAUUGUUGAGGAUACUCCCUGGCAUAAGCAACAUUUCCCUUCGAUAGAGGGAUCAGACAGAAAAAAAUACUUGGAAUCUCUCAGAACGGAGGCAUUGAAGGCAAAGAGAGCUGCAGAUACUGAGGCUAGAAAGCGGACUGAAAAUGCCCUAGCAAAAAAAGCUCUGAAAGGUGGGAGUGAAUCAUUACCGGGUACCCCCCGAAAGAGUAAUGAGUCUAAAGAUUCCAUUUCCAAUGAACCAGAUUCUUUGUUUGAUGAUGAACGUCCUGCCUCUAGAGCAUCCUCUGCGGCAUCUCCAUCCACAAAACUUUGGGGAAUCACACCAACCGUUUCAUAUCAUUCAUCCUCUUCAUCUCAAAACUUUCCAUCAAGUUUAGAUCCUUCCGUUCCUUCAUCUUAUCCUUUGUUUGCGCACUUGCACUCUCGUGACUACUUCAUGACACCUGGCCUCCGCUUCGGAUGCGAUUAUACUGUGUACCCAGGAGAUCCUCUCCGCUUUCAUAGUCACUUCAUAGCCACCGGUUAUGGAUGGAACGAAGAGAUACGCUUGCUGGACAUCGUCGGCGGUGGUAGGUUAGGGACCGGUGUCAAGAAGGGCUUCUUGAUCGGUGGUGAAAAUCCCCAAAAGCAGUCAGUUGAGGAGACUGAUGGACUUUACCAACAUAAACACCCUUUCCAUGAUGAGACUCCCUAUGAUAAAGAAUGA